AUGCGGGAGCAACGGCGGCGCACGCGCAUGAGCAGGUUGACGCUCGAUCCGGGCGAGCGAGGGCAGCGCGCGCAGCAAGUGGGCGCUACUGGGCUGCGCCGUGCGGCGACCUGGCUGGCGAUUGGAGGUGGGCUGGACUGGGCCGGCAGCCGGUGGGCAGGAGGCGGCCUGCAGCUCAAGUGCAUAGACAUUAAACUCGUCGCCGAGUUGUGCCACCUGAAGGGUACUCUCGUGUGCAUCGACAGCACGCUUGCCUCGUCGAUCAACCAGAAGCCGCUCACCCUCGGCGCCGAUAUUGUCGUGCACUCCGCCACAAAGUACAUCGCCGGCCAUCACAACGCUAUCGCAGGAUGCAUCGGUGGCUCCCAGGAGCUCAUCAAGACAAUACGCGCAUGGCACCAAGACCUCUGCGGCGCCAUCAGUCCGGAUGCGGCCUACAUGAUCAUACGUGGGCUCAAGACAAUGACGCUGCGCGUGGAGACCCAAAACCGGACGUCUUUGCGCAUGGCGCGCCUGCUCGAGAACCAUCCGAAGAUCGAACAUGUGUACUACCCUGGGCUCAAGAGCAGCCCGUGGCACCACAUCGCCGAGAGCCAGAUGACUGGUUUCGGCGGGUGCGAGAGCCUCGUGCAGCAGCCGGCGGUCAUGUCCUUCUGGUACGUCACUGACGAGGAGAAGGCGAAGAAUGGGAUGAAGGAUAACUUGGUGAGGUUCAGUUUCGGGAUUGAGAAGUUUGAGGAUCUCAGGGAUGACAUUCUCCAAGCCCUGGAGAAGAUGUAGGACUAUUUUUUGAUGAACAAUUAAUUGUGUAGCGACUUUGAUAAAACUAGCUAGGUAGAAACCUUUCUGUAGAUAUAAUA